ACUCGAUAAGAAACGUUUUCUUACGUUGGCUGGGAUACAUUCGCUAUUACUAUAUCCGCAUAACGUUGAGUAACAAGAAAUACCUAGUGAAAAAGGUGCUGUGCAGUGUUAAGUGUGACUUUUAGGACCAUUAAGAUUUUUCCUUCACUGUCAAGGCUUUUCUGUAGAACCUCUGGUAAAGCUCCUGAGCUUCAAGAUUUCGAACAAUUAGAAAUCUAUUCGCUAUUAAACUGAAAUGUCUAAAGAAUCUGCAAAAAGUCGAAGCUGUCCCUAUUUGGAUACAAUUAACAGGAGCGUGCUUGAUUUUGACUUCGAGAAGCUUUGUUCCGUUAGUUUAAGUCGAAUCAAUGUUUAUGCCUGUUUAGUUUGUGGAAAAUAUUUCCAGGGCCGAGGACCAUCAACACAUGCGUAUACCCAUAGUGUCCACGCAGGUCAUCACGUCUUCCUCCAGUUGGAGUCACUCGAGUUUUUCUGUCUUCCCGACAAUUACCGAGUCGUCGAUUCUGCGUUAGAUGAUAUCCUGUUCGUACUACAGCCAAGAUUCUCUCAUCAGGACAUUAAGGAGCUCGAUAAGACGGAGAAGCUAUCGAUUGCGCUUGACGGAACGAGGUAUUUGCCUGGGAUCGUAGGCCUUAACAACAUUAAGGCGAAUGACUACUGCAACGUCAUCUUGCAAGCUUUGAGCGGGGUUGCCCCAUUAAGAGACUAUAUGUUACGGGAUGAAAACUACAGAGACAUCAAGAGACCUCCGGGUGACAACAUGUUUCUCAUUGUACAAAGAUUCGGUGAGCUGCUUCGAAAGUUGUGGAACCCACGCCACUUCAAAGCUCACGUGUCGCCGCAUGAAAUGUUGCAGGCUGUUGUUCUCUGCUCAAAAAAGAGAUUUCAAAUCACGAAUCAGGGCGAUCCCGUAGACUUCUUAUCUUGGUUUUUGAAUUCGCUUCACAUUGCUCUUAACGGUACCAACAAAGAUUCCAGCUCAGUUAUCUACAAAACUUUUAGGGGACGAAUGAGGGUAUAUUCAAAGAAGCUGUUUCCAACAGACCCUGAGCACCAACCAAAAGUUUACGAUCCGGCUGAAUAUGAAGUAAAAGAAGAAAAAAUGCCAUUCAUGUACCUCACCGUGGAUUUACCGUCGCAGCCUUUGUUUCGUGAUGACCAGCGUGAAAAUAUAAUUCCUCAGGUACCCUUAAGUGUAAUCAUGGCCAAAUUCAACGGAAUCCAGGAAAAAGAGUAUAAGACGUACAAGGACAACACCCUUAAACGCUUCGAAAUAAUUAAAUUGCCAAAGUAUUUAAUACUUUAUAUGAAGCGGUUUACGCGAAACACGUUUUUCACGGAGAAGAAUCCCACAAUUGUUAACUUCCCUAUUCGCAACGUUGAUUUCGGAGAUGUGCUCGCGCUUGAGGCACGAAAAGCUAAUCCCGAGAACGUGUAUGAUCUUGUUGCUAACAUUGUUCAUGAAGGAGAGCCUAAUAAAGGAACUUACCGUUGCCAUGUCCUUCACCGCGGGUCGGGAAAAUGGUACGAGUUGCAAGAUUUACACGUAACUGAAAUUUUGCCACAAAUGAUAACGCUCUCUGAAAGUUAUGUCCAGAUAUGGCAGAGGACAAGCGCACCAUUCAAAGAUGUAAUUAAGGGAAAAACUAACAUAAAAGACACAACCAUUGCUCCUACUGCAGGAGAAGACGCCGGUGAAAAAGUUCAGUUUGACGAGGAUAAUAAUGCAGUACCCGAUGAAAAGUCUAGCUCUCUUCCAAAAGAUGAGGUAGAGAAAAGUGUCGAAAUGACAGAAGAUGGAAAAGAAGCAUUUGAAGAGCAAGUUUUUAGUGUCGAAUCACACGAAGUUGUAGCGCCUGCUAGUGGUGAGGGUCUCAAGGGUGAGAAGGGUCUCAAAAGAAAGCUCGAGGAAGACUAACAACACGAGAAUAUUUAUUCAAAACUUGAAUAUUACAGUGUAAAAGUCAGACUGCAUAUUUAUUGCUCCUGUAGUGAUUUAUGCCAAGCUGGGAUAAGUCUGUCUUGUACAUAUGAAAUUGUGAAACUUGUUGAAAAUGCCGAAAAUGAUUUUUGAAGAAACCUGUAAACUAUUCGAAAGCGUAAUGGACAAAUGUUAACUAGGUGUUAUUUCCAUUGCAAAAUACGAAUUCGAAAUCUAACAUCUAUACUAUAGUUAUCUUGAUACAAUGUAGUUUGCUGUGCGGCAUAUAUCGUUUGUGAAUAUCAAAGUAUUUAUAUAUGUAAUAAACUGUUU